AUGCAUAGAUCUGGUACUGCAAUGGCGUGGAACGUAUUUAAAUUCUGUACGGCCUUACGAGGUCUCGGAUCGAUCAUGAUCCUCUUGGUCCUCGGCGUUGUCGGUGUCACCUAUUACGCCGUCGUUUUGACUAAUUACGGACCGGCACUCUCUCAAGGCGGGCUUGAUUCUCUUGCUGCUCUCACUAUCCUAAUCCUCUUCCAUCUACUCCUGGGGAUGCUAUUGUGGAGCUAUUUCUCAGUUGUGUUUACUGAUCCUGGUGUUGUGCCACCGAAUUGGAGACCAGCUACUGAUGAAGAAAGAGGCGAAUCUGAUCCGUUGAGCAGUUUGGAGUUUGUUGGUUUACAGUCUGAUUCUUCAAACGGAAGAAUUCGGUUCUGCAGAAAGUGUAAUCAACCAAAACCUUCCCGUUGUCAUCAUUGUUCCGUUUGUGGAAGGUGUGUGUUGAAGAUGGAUCACCAUUGCGUUUGGGUUGUAAAUUGUGUAGGAGCACUGAAUUACAAGUAUUUUCUUCUUUUCUUGUUCUACACGUUUCUAGAGACGACUCUCGUGACGUUGGUUCUUAUGCCUCACUUCAUAGCGUUCUUUAGCGAUGAAGAAAUACCUGGAACACCAGGGACUCUCGCUACUACUUUUCUUGCAUUUGUUUUGAAUUUGGCAUUUGCUUUGAGCGUGAUGGGGUUCUUGAUUAUGCACAUUUCCUUGGUGGCUGGCAAUACCACAACUAUAGAGGCGUAUGAGAAGAAAACCAGUACAAAAUGGCGGUAUGACCUCGGUAGAAAGAAAAACUUCGAACAGGUGUUUGGAAUGGAUAAGAGAUACUGGUUCGUACCAGGAUACACAGAUGAAGAUCUCAGGCGAAUGCCGGAGCUGCAAGGACUUGAAUACCCUUCGAAACCCGACUUCGAUUCCCAGUAA